AUGUCACAACAACCAUCAGUGGCAGUGGAGACAGAGAAGAAGGAUAAGAAAGUAGUAGAAGAAGAAAAGAAUCUUGUGAAGAAUGAAGGCGGCGGUGAGUUGUUGUUUUGUGGCGCCACUCAUUGGAAUGCCAUAGGCCGUCGUAAAGUGUUAACCGAAGGUGACUUGGUUUCUCCUACACGAAUCCGGUCUCUCGUUGGGAUCGACAUUCGUUACGUUGCUUCGGGUUGUGCAUCUCGUCAUUGUGUGGCAUUGGGUGUGGAUGGACGCUGUUACACUUGGGGACGAAAUGAGAAGGGUCAGCUUGGGCAUGGGGACAAAAUCAUUUACUACAGCCCGACAGUGGUGUCUGCUCUAUCAGAGUAUAAAGUUGUGAAAGCAGCAUGUGGGGGAGGCCAUACUGUUGUAUUAACUGAAGAUGGCAUCUCCUGGUCGUUUGGUUGGAACAAGCACGGACAGCUUGGUACUGGCUCAACAAAAAAUGAGUUUGAGUUAUCUCCAGUACGUUGUCUUGUAUCGAAUGUAAAAGAUGUUGCAUGUGGGACUGACUUUACUGUUUGGUUAACUUCCGUUGAGGGUGCUACUAUUCUAACUGCUGGAUAUCCCCAGUAUGGUCAACUUGGACAUGGAACAAACCAUGAGUACAAUAUGAAGGAAAGCUCUGUGAGGCUUGCUUAUGAGGCUCAACCUAGCCCUCAGGCAAUAGCUUCCCUGUCUGAUGAAACAAUAGUAAAAGUUGCGUGUGGGGCAAAUCAUACAGUUGCAUUAGACUCAAAGGGCUAUGUUUAUACGUGGGGCUUUGGAGGAUACGGAAGGCUUGGGCAUAGAGAGCAAAAGGAUGAAUGGAGUCCUCGCCGUGUUGAUAUUUUCACAAAGCAUAAUGUUCUACCUCCUGGUGCUGUAAUUUCAGCUGGUUCUGUAACCUCUGCCUGUUCUAGGGGUGUCGGGCAGAUGUACAUGUGGGGUAAAAUAAAGAAAGCGGGUGAUAACUGGAUGUAUCCUAAACCUCUCAUGGAUCUCAGUGGCUGGAACGUACGGUGCAUGGAUUCAGGCAAUAUGCAUCAUUUUGUUGGGGCUGAUAGCUCAUGCAUUAGUUGGGGCUCUGCUUUAUCUGGCGAACUUGGAUAUGGGCCUAAUCAGCAGAAAUCUUCUGCUGUACCCAAAACUGUAGACGUUCUUGAGGGCAUGCACGUUAUCAGCGUUGCCUGUGGUUUGGCUCAUUCCUUGGUGGUGGUUGAUAGAUCAAAUGUAGGCGAUCAACUUGAGCAGCUUGCUGUUUAUGAUGACAAAAAUCCUGAAGGAGAUGAAGAACCCGGGAUUAAACCUAAAUCUGCUAGGAAAACAAGCGCAAAAAAUGCUGCAAAAAUGCCUGAAACUUCCAACAAGAGGCCGAGAAUAUCUGAAGAAUCAUCUGAGUUGGAAGUUGAAGAAUACAAUGAUGAAAGUGAAAAUGAUAAUGGCGUAGAGUCAGAUUUUGAAAAAGAACGCGAUGUUCAAAAGAAGGUCAAUUCUGGACGGAAGAAGGCGAGUAGUGGUAAGACUUCUGCGAGAGGUGAAUUGAAGGCGAACUCUGGACGGAAGAAGGCAGGUCAGACUUCUGCAAGAGGUGAAAUGAAGGUGGACUCUGGACGGAAGAAGGCGGGUAGUGGUCAGACUUUUGCAAGAGGCCGUUCUUUAGUUGCUACAAAGGCAGGAGCACCUGCCAAAAGAAGAAGAUAAAAAGGGAAGACAUCUUGACCAAAUGUCCAUUUUUAUGCCUUUCUUGUAACUUUUUAGCAUCAUUGGUCUUGUAUUCCGGCUAUAGGCAUUUGGAAUGUAGAAUGAUUAAUUUAUCUA